UCCCAACAUGCCUCUAUAGUGUACAUUCCACGCAUAUUUGUGUGAUAGCUUAUUGCCCUUUCUGUGUAGCUCUUAUUCACUUUAUAUUAGCAUGUAGUUAGAAACGAGCCAAAGAUUCACUGAAAUCAGGACACGAGAACAUACUUGUGUCCAUAUGUGAGAAUAAUAGAUCAAGGUGGAUGAAAAGAGAUAAUAAGACGGAAUAAAGAUAUUUGCAAAGCUUGGUAAAGUUUGGUCUCUGCAUUCACCUGGUAAUCCAAGAAGGGAUUGAAUUAGGUUACAACUCUUUUAUCUCUUGUAUGUAUAACCUCAGAAGACUUCUCUGAUAAAGACAGUAAAGACAUUCACAUUUUCAUAUUUAGUUUUUAUUGAGAAUUUCAUAAGGAUGAAGGAGUUGACGCCAUUAUUAGGAACUUCAAACUGGGCACAUUUGCUUAUGUCAGGAGAGGCAGCCAUGAAGCAACAAGCACUUUUAGACGCCAGAUCUUCACCAACCAAGCACCUUCCAACGAAGAUGUACAAAUAUCAGAGACAUAUAGGAAGAACCGAACUACCGCAAUCUCUCAAUUUUGAUCCCGAGAGAACGCAACAAUUUAAUAUCAAGAAAUGCGCUGGAACACAAACAGCCGGCACACAAACGCAAUUUACCACAUUUCCCGAUGGCUAUCAGCCAACUGCGCCUCAAGCAUUGCCACAGUCAUCUAGACUGUAUGUCAACCCUAGCUAUCUACCACCACCACCUUUAGCCACUACAUCUUACCUAACACUCCCAACAGCUACCAUGACAACCACAGUGACAUCACACAGGCGCCAUAGCAACGAUACCCCACCACUGAGUCCUGAGGCCCUUAGUCCAACUGGUCCUCUAAACCUGAGCAUGCAGAACAUGCAGACCAAUAGUAAUACUGAUACACAUUCUCAAAGUGAAAAAAAUCAUCGGAAAUCUGUGAUCACAUGUGCGCCACUGAAAGACGACAUCACAAUUAAUACCUCUCGGGGAAUCACAUCAGUCGAGUUCUGUGACCCGGACAUAGAGGAGCAUUUUAGGAGAUCACUAGGGGCACGUUACACUGAGAUACGCUCCAAACCUUCCUCCCCAACCCCCUCAGGACGUACCCCCUCCCCCACAUCAGUCACAUCACCCUCACUACACCAAGUUUCAAUAUCAGGCUCUGUAGAUGACCAUUUCAAGAAAGCUCUUGGUGAGAACACUUGGUCAAAGAUCAAUCACGAACAGGAGGACUCCUUGAACAUGAAAAUGGACUCUGUGGAUGAUCAUUUUGCAAAAGCUUUGGGAACAACAUGGUUAAAAAUCAAGGACAAGGCAGGAAGUGGGGAGUCCUCUCCUAGUAAUUCUCCACCCCCUACUCACUCUCCCCCACUCUCAAGACCACCCCCCUCGGGGUCACAUCAAACGGUUUUGUCUGUUUGAGUAUAUGUCUAAAUUGGGGAAUUAAAAGUGUUGUCUAAAUGGCGGAUUAUACCUAGAUGGAUUCAUUAAAUCCUGAUUUAAUCAAAAUGUGAAUGGUGUGUAGAAUCUGAAUGCAUGGGUAAAGUGGUUAUUUAAUGGUGUUGUAUGCAUGAAUAUAUGUCUUUAUGUAUGUAAAUAUAAUUGUUGCAAUAUCUAGAAAUCCAAAAUAAUUCAAAUAAAAUAUAUGUAUAGCGUAUCAGACUUAAUGAGUCAUUUAGCAUCUGUAAAUGUGAAUGAGUUUAAAACACUAUAUGUACAUGCAAGGACAGUUUAAAAUAUGUCACUUUGGUAUAAAACAGAUUAAAGGAACUUAUGAUGGUGGUGAAGAUAUGGGAAAAACCAAUGGUUUAAUCUUUUUAGUUACAAGAUUAGAGCAUUUUUCCAUUUAUUUUCUCGAUAACUAAUAUACAAAAAUGCCAUGUUCGCUUUAAGAAAAGUGAAGACAGACCCAUGUCACACAUUUUAAGACAUAAUUUUGUGUAAAUUGGAGUUUUGUCAAAGUUACAUCAAUUUGAUGCUCUUGGUAUUCACAAGGUUACUACUUAUGUAAAGUCCCCGUGCUACUCCUCUCACACUUUUAUCUCAAAUUUUAGUUUUAAUUCUUGUUGUGGAAAUACAGAAAAAAUUGGAGAAUCUAAAGACCUUGUGACUCACGCUCAUAUCUCAUUAGCAUAUCUCAAACUUGAGUUCAAACACUUGUUGAAAUAUGU